AUGGCUAGUCGUGGUCAGAGCACUUACAUGGCCUCGGUGUCCUCCAUUAGUGACUUACAGGAGGAGUUUCGGACCCUUAGGGCCAGCGUAUAUCGGACCAAGCAGCUCGUCGAGGAUGUAGACCGGUCCAUGAUGCUCGUUCGCGAGGUCUUCCCUGUCAGCGGCAAGGAAGAAGGCACUUACAGUAGUCAGCGACAUGCCCCUGCGGCUCCAACGCUCAGUCCUUACGCACACGAGGAUACCGCAGCCUCAGCACCUCUUGAGAAGUCGACGUCGGAGAUCGCACGCAAGCGUAAAUCGCCCGAAGAGCGCAACGCAGAGCGACGAGCAAAACGAGUGCGUCUGACAUACAAGCAUACGGUGGGACGGUGGCACGGCCAGCCAGCAAACGUGCUCUCUCGGGAGAUCGGGAGUGAUCGCAAAGCCCUAAACGAGCUCACCUGCAACCCUCUGGCAUGCCUCCUCCAGCCCCUUCAGGCCUUCGCGACCGAGACGCUUCGUGUAUUUAUUCCACGAUCGGUAAACGAUUGGCUCCCGCAGAGUUUACGGAAAAAGAUGCGAGAACUAACAAGAAGGCUUGCGAAGAUCAGGUAUGACCUCUUGAAUUGCGGUGAGACGAGAAAACGUACUGACUCACCUAUCGCGGAGAAGCCCAAUGUAGUCCUGCGCAUCAAGAUCCCAGCACGGAAGCUGAACGAUGAGCAGGCCAAAGUCGUUCAUAUCAAGCUCUUUGCGAAAGCUAAAGACUGGAAAGCUAUACGGGAAAUUGAAUGCCACUGCUCCCAAGACGGAAGCCUGAAUCUUCUUCAGGUCGCAGCACAGCUCGGUGUACAUGGCAAAUGUCGUGUGGUCGAUCCUCGUAAUUUCCGACCAUUCCAUGAAUACGCGCCAGGUAUUGUAGAAAGCGGAGACAUCGAGACCUUGACAAAGGACCGGCGCGGCGGCGCGCACGAGAACGGCUCAGCGAGGAAGAGGGCACCUGCGCAGAAGAGGGCGUUACGAGGAAGCCCUCAGGGCAUCGAAGUGGGCAAGGAAAAGGGCGGCGACGACGGCACUGGAGCGGAAGAGGGCGAUGGCGUCGACAACGACAACGGCGAGGAGGGCAUGGGCGAGGAGGAGGAGGCAGACACGGCGACGGAAGAACUGGCCGAUAUCGCAGGGAUGAUGGAAAUUCGAAGGCAAGGAAGAAGGCGCCCAAAUUCUGGACAGCGGCCAGAUGGCGCACGCGGUCUAUUUCGUGCGCGGAAAGCGAACCCAUACUUGGAUAUCGAGGCUAUCGUCGACAACGAUGAGGAGGAGGAGGAGGAGGAAGAAGAAGAAGAGGAGGAGGAACUGGCCGAGUUGCUCGCCGACGUCCAACGCACUCAACAAGCUCGGGUGCGUCUUGAUAAUGCAUGUGUCGGCGACGAUGCUGCUGAUGCAGAAGCCAUGGCCCGGUCUAUUACGGAGAGAGACAUGGCAGCUAGACGUGCACAGCGGGCCUCGCAGUCGGGUGGCGCAGUCAUCUCUCUUGCCCCCGAUGGAAUCCACCUUCAAGCCACGGAAAAUGGUUUCCUCUCUCCUUGGGUGUGCAUCUCGCGUGGUACAUAUAAGCACGAUGUGGCCUUCGUGGAGUCGCGAGAGGACUCUCUCCUCCGCGUCUGGGUGGUUCCGUGCUUGCCUACUACAAAAAAGCGGCAGCACGGAAGAACUUCUCAGCAACCGAUGCCGCCAGCAUUACUGAAGGAGUUGUUCGGAGAGGCUGUGACAGAAAGCGAAGGUGAUCGGCUGAUACAUAUUCUCAAGGGCAAGAAGUUCAAAGGCGGCCUCCUGCAGCUCGAACUCACUUUGGACCGGGUGACUUUCGACGUCCACGCGACUCGAAACGACGUAUUCGUCUUUAAUGCGGCGAAAUUCGUGCCAAAGACAGCGAUAGCGAAGCUCAUUCUAUUCUGUGUUGACUUCGAACCGGCUGCAGGCACGCGUGUGAUCGUUAUACAGGGCGAGCAAUGCGGCCUCAUCGGUGUCGUGCAUUCAGUCAUUAAUGGACAGGCUACGCUAACCAAUCUCUACCACGAGAAGUUGGAUGACGAACUUUCGUCUCUCGUGCUACCUGUAACUCAGUUACACCCCCUUUGGGCAGUUGGCGAUGCGGUCAAAGUUAAGACGGGCCUCCAUGGGGGCUUGGAAGGGCAAGUGAUUGCUGUGGAUGAUUUCGAUGUCACGAUUGUUCACGCGAACAAAGUCGAGCGAACUAGAAACCCAAUAACGGGAGUCUUUCAUACUUCUUCUGUGUUGGAAACCUCUGAGCAUCAUGUGUUACCCUGGGAUCUCUUACUCACAGAGUCCGAGGCGGAAUGGACCUCGAUACAGCCGUCGGUGACAGUAUCAAGGCCGGGAGAGCAGCGCCCCUCACGCUCUGAGACGCAAACGGAGGAAGAGGUGGAGAUGGAGCUUGCCCUCAAGCAUCCUGACCGACGGAAUCCCGACAUCGGGCGAGCGGUGCGUGUCAUCAAAGGCUCUUUGAAGGGAUUUGUGGGCACAUUGCGAAACGUCACGUACCACGGCGAUUACGAGGUUGAGCUUGAAGCCAAGCUUUUAACCUCGAGGGGCGUCCUCUUGUUCCGAAAGCCCGAGAUCGCAUUCCGGUCAGAAGAAAGGGGCAACAUCGACACGGCGGAGCGUGGUCCGCUCCCUGAGCGGCCUCGGACCCCAUUGGGCCACGAAUUAGAACCCGCGUCACACGACACAGAUUCGGCGUGGGCGUAUUCGGUGGAACUUGAUGGACCCGAUGGAUCGAUGUCUUCAGUCGAACCUAAUGGACCCAAUGGAUGGAUGCUGGAUGCGGCUGUGGCACCUGCGUUCCAUACUUAUCGCUUCAAGUUCAUGUGCACAGCCGGUCAACUCCGAGACAAGCUGAUGACCACGGUGAAGGGAGCCUCCCCAGUGGACGGCAAGGUGUGA